AAAAAAAAUCUCUAAAAAUUAAAAAAAAUUACUUUGACUUAACAAAAAACUUUGAAAAUGAAAAUUACACUUUUUUUCGUCCUACUCUGUGGGGUUCUCUGGUUGAAGGAAAUCAAAACCGAGGAAGAUCCCAAUGAAGGUAAGAUCCAGAUGUUGGAACAAAUGACGGAACCCUGUUUCGAGAAAGAUGGCUCUACCCGAGAAGACUUCAACUAUAUGGUCCGAAAACGCAACUUGCCUUCAACUAAACCCCAAAAAUGCUUGUCGGCCUGUAUGCACGAGAACUUUGAAACGAUCAAAGACGGCAAAUUCAACCGCGAAUCAUUUGAGGGAAUGAUGAAGUCAGUUGCUAACGAUGAGAAAAAGUACCCGAUUAUUGAGGACAUUGGAGCAACUUGCGAGAAAAUCGUCGAUGCAGAUCGUUGUGAAUUGGCGGGAAAAUUAGUAACUUGUUACAAGGAGGUUGCCGCGAAACACGGGAUUGACUAUCACAAUUUGUAGAGAUGUUUCGUCGUACAGCGGAAUGCUCCUAUAUUAUUAUCUGACUUUUUGUCAUUAUUAUCUCAGAAUAUUAUAUCUAGCUGCAUAAUGGCUUGAAUUCACUUAAAUAAAGUCACGUGACUACAUAUAUAAUAUUUGCACAAAUA